AUGCCUCCUCUCUCAAUUCGAGUUUCAGGUCAGGCGACCAUCACUCGCCACCCAGAACGGGCCGUCUUGAGAGUCUCGAUUAACGCAAGUGGUGGUGAAAAAGAUAGCGUCUCCACCGAGGGAAGCCGCCUGCAUGAUGAAUUGAACGCGCUUUUCAAGGAGCUGUCACCCAAAACCAAGUAUGGCACGGCCACUACCGAUGCACCGGUAACGGAGUUCUCAUCGACCAUACUCCAUGUCUGGACCCAAGAGCCCGCAAUUGAUGAGCGAAAACCUGCAACUUGCGUCAAUUGUGCAACCUCCACAUUCCAGGUGACAUUCCGCGAUUUUGGUAAAUUGGAUGAAAUAGCCAAAAAGCUGGACGCAUAUCCGAGCGUCGAGGUCGAGUCUAUCGAGUGGCACUUGACGGAGAGUACUGAGAAGGCGUUAGAGUAUGAUGCUCGCAAGCAGGCUAUGAGAAACGCUAUCCUUCGCGCCGAGGACUACGCCGAAGUUAUCGGGCGGAAAGUGGUUCCUGUGGAAGUUGACGAUACUAUUCAGGCCCACCAGGGCCAAAACAGAUAUUUGCGACCGGUGGCCAUGGAAUAUCGUGAGCGAGAACGAGAACUAUACCCCGGAUGGACUCCUAAGGCAGGCGGCGGUGGCAUUGAUCCGACACCACGCGACAUUCGUCUUAUAAGCUCUCAAGUAUCUGUCAAAUUCGAGGCAGUGGACUAG